AUAACGUCGCUUUUUUGACUGUACACUCGUCAACGGUACUUGCUUUCCUUCCAUUGAGGACUGCAACACUGGUCUGUUGCAAGGGCUGCUGGCGUUCCGAGCACUUCCCGAGUAGCGCCCGGGCCCCAUGUCGUUCAAAACGAUUGCGGCCGCGGUCGACGCCAUGGCGUCUCGGGUCCCACUCAAACUCGCUGUCGUGUCUCCCUUCCAAACAACGGCUACGCCGCUCACGUACCAAGGAUUGCGGGACCAGACCCGGGCAUUGGCGUCCUGGUUACGCGGCUACGGAUACGAAAAGGGAGAUUUGCUCGUCAGCGACUUGCCCAACAUUCAAGAAAAUCUGGUUCUGCAGAUUGCCUGCAACCGAUUGGGAGUGGGCUACGCGACCGCCAAGAAUGCGGAGGGUUUGGCGAAAUUUUCUAAAGUAAAGGGUGCACUGGCGUCUACUGGCGGCGGAGUCUUGGCCGAAGCCAAUCUGUCCUUGCCCGUGCUGACUGGCGAAUUCGUCCUCGAUUUGAUUCAAAACGGACUGGACGAAACUGUGAUCGAGGAAAGCGUGAACGACACGUUGGACGAAUCCUCCACCGACGAAAGCCUUGGACACGGUUACUAUAAUACUACCACGGCCUACACUAAUCUCCAGGCAUUGUCGCACGGACAAGAAGCGGCUGCGGUCCUCCACAUGACGGAGUACGACGUUGUCUGCGUGGCCGUGACCCUGUGUCACCCCUUUGGGAUCGGUUCGGGAGUGUGCUCGGCCUUGCAGAGCGGCGCGUCGAUUGUUUUGCCAGCCGUGGGUGGCAUUCAAGGUUGCGGGGUUCCGUCGGAGCGCGCCGCCGCGACCUGGCAAGCUCUACGAUCCGAAUCCUGCACCCUACUCUUUGCCGACACGCACACGCUCAAGGCACUACCGAUGGACAGCGACACCGCCGCAACCUUGCGGUCGCUGCGGGGCGGCGUCUGCAAAACCGGCAGCGGCGCCACAUUUUUGGACGACAUUGUGAUGCUGGACAACGUGUCUCUGCGGACCAUUGGGCAACCACCGGAAACCGAGUGACUGGGAGUGAAACACAGAAAGAAUUUAGAGGAAUGGACGG